AUGAAUAAUGUUCCUUUCAACUUCAAUGCAAAUGCCCCUUCGUACUACCCGGGAAUGUUGUACAAAGCAGAAGAAGCGAACGAGGCAAAAGAGAAUGAAAUAGAACAAGUAUUAAACAUUUCAGAUAAUAUAGAGGAUACAAAUGUAAACGAUAUAGAGGAUAAGAUAAGUAAAAUAACACUGAAUAGUGAUGAGUCUAAAGAAGAUAUAGAAGAGUUACAGGAAGAAAGGAUACAAGAAAAAAAGAGUACUAUGGUAGAAGUAGAUUCAAGGCAUCACUUAAACUUAAUUUUUAUUGGACAUGUUGAUGCAGGAAAGUCAACGGCUUGUGGUAAUAUAUUAUAUAUAUUAGGAUAUGUUGAUGAUAGAACUAUAGAAAAAUAUGAAAGAGAAGCAAAGGAAAAAAAUAGGGAGAGCUGGUUUUUAGCAUUUAUUAUGGAUAUUAAUGAAGAAGAGAGACAAAAAGGAAAAACUGUAGAAGUAGGAAGAGCACAUUUUGAAACAAAGGACAGAAGAUUUACAAUUCUUGAUGCUCCGGGACAUAAAAAUUUUAUUCCAAAUAUGAUUAGUGGUGCUGCUCAAGCUGAUGUUGGUGUUUUAAUUGUUUCCGCACGAAAGGGAGAAUUUGAAACGGGUUUCGAGAGGGGUGGGCAAACCAGGGAGCACACGCUACUUGCCAGAACCUUAGGCAUAAAUCAACUAAUAGUGGCAAUAAACAAAAUGGAUGAUCCAACGUGCAACUGGAGUGAAGGAAGAUAUGAUGAUAUACAAAAAAAGAUAACUCCUUUUAUAAAAUCAUGUGGGUAUAAUAUAAAUAAAGAUGUAUAUUUCGUUCCCAUUUCUGGCUUAACAGGUCAGAAUUUAUCUGAACAUGUGUCUGAUAAAAAUUCCAAAUUACAUGAUCCAAGAGCUAGCUGGUAUGAUUUAUCAAAACCUACUUUAUUUCAAAUUUUAAAUACAUUACCUCCCCCACCAUGGGAUGAAAAAGGACCUUUAAGGAUUCCAUUAUUAGAAGGAUAUAAAGACAACGGAAUUAUAGCAGUUGGAAAAAUUGAGUCAGGCACAAUAUAUGGUAAUAAUAUGAGUUGUACAAUAAUGCCAAAUAAAGUUAAAGUAAAAGUUUUGAAUGUAUAUUUAGAAGAGGAUGAAGUGCCAUAUGCAAAACCAGGAGAAAAUGUACGUGUAAAAUUAUUGGGUGUGGAAGAAGAUCAAAUUAGUAAAGGAUUUGUUUUAUGUGAUUCAAUCAAUUUAUGUUCAGUAGUUCAUGAAUUUAUUGGAAGAGUAGCAAUUGUUGAAUUACUUGAGCAUAAGCCAAUAAUAACAGCUGGAUAUUUUUGUAUUUUCCAUGCACACACCACUUGUGAAGAAAUACAGUUUGUUGAAAUGUUAGAGGUUAUUGAUAAAAAAUCGAAAAAAAAAAAAAUUAAACCCAAAUUUAUUAAAAGUGAUUGUAUUGUAACUGCACACUUUUUACUUUCAAAUCCUGUUUGUGUCGAAGUUUAUGACAAGUUACCACAAUUGGGAAGAUUUACCUUGCGUGAUCAGGGAAAAACCAUAGCAAUUGGAAAGAUACUCGAAUUAAAGGCCUAA